UUAUUUUUAGGGUACUUAUAUAACCCAGUUUUUCAGUCAGUUUGGGUUUCAUUACCAUUACGCAGCUUUAUCUGCUAUAGUCGUUCAGGGAAUUUCUCCGAAGAGAGGGUUGUUUCGAUGGCGUUCGCUAAGAACUACGCAUUUUUUAUGCUUAUCUUGUUUCCUUGUUUUCUCCAUGUAGUUCAUGCAUUGAAUUACGCUACGUUUAGUUCUGGUGACGGCAAUUUCAUGUUGUACUGGACCUAUAGCAACAACAAGCUGCUCUUCAACAUGACUUGUAAAGCAACCGGCUGGUGUGCAGUGGGUUUUACAGAAAAUCCUGGCGGUGGAGGUAUGGUAGACUACGAUAUCGCUGCCGGCGGGGUCGCUGCUAACACAUCUUAUCUUGAGGUAGGUUUUUAUAACGUGACCGGCUGUACUUUUUGCCAGUAAAGAAAACUAUAAGUUACUUGAUCGCUAGAGAAAAAUUGCUUGGAUGAACAGUUUGACAGUGAUGUGCACCGAGGGGAUCUAGACUAAGUCUGAGUUCGUCUUUAGAACAAUUAUUUUUCUGAAAUACGGAGUUGAAAGCAACAAUUUACAUACUCAGAAAGACAGUGUUUCAUCUUGGCUUUCUUGGUAAAAAAAGAAUUUACUUUUUAAAAAAUUUCCAGUUCAGUGAUUGCCAAGAUACCCACUAUCUUUUCAGUCUAUUUACAGUGAAAGACGGCGUAGAAUGAUUUUAAUUUAAAUUAAAAGUGCUUAGUGGGAAAAGCAUAGUGUUCAACAAAAUCAAAUCUAGGAUUGACUGAAUUGGGGUUAGCGCAGCAUGAAACAUCUGCACGUCAGCCUUAUAUUUAUUCCGCGUGUCAACUACGCUAAAUAUUUCCGCAGACAUUUUGGACUUUUAGACUUCAGAACAUUCGCGUCUUAAAUCCAGUUCUCAGCUAUUGCUGCAGUCAGAUAACUCAUGUCAGAAAAAAAAUCAGUCUGGACACCAAAGCGCUUUUUACUAAUUUUAAGGGAAUAUUGAAGACCCUAUCAUUUCUAUUCUUUGGACAAAGCAAUAUAUCUGCCUCAGGGUGUAUAUGAUACAGACCCGUUAGUCUACUUUUUUUCUUCUAAAACAUUUGUUUAAGUUGAUUUAGCACCACAGAAGGAUUCUUUUAACUUACGCGCUCUGAAUUAUCAAAAUUAUAAAAACUGAACAUUAAACCUUUCCCCUAUUCUUGUGAACAAAAGUGGCAAAAAGAAGUGAUUUGUAUAAAACCCUUAUUAAAAUGUUCACUCAAGCCUCGAUCACGCAUCACAAUCGCCCGGGGGGGUGUUAAUCUCAAGAAUCUUAAAUUUUUAAAAAAAUCUAUCGAGCGGUUUAAAAAUUAUUCGCUAAUUUGUUAAAGUAGACCAAAAUGUUUACAAAACCGCUAACAAGAGCGCCUCGAUACAUACUAAUCAAAUCCUUCUUUCUAGCAAUCGGCUGGAGCUAUCUCCUAUGAUCUUUCACACACGCUUUUUAAAAGAUUGAAACUACUAUGAGGUGAAAUUUCAUGUCGAAAGCGCUUCAUUUUCUACAGAUAACGGCCAAACAACAAUAUUGUCCAUUUUUUAAUGUGUUUCUAACAAUAAAAACUUUAUCCCAAAAUAUCUCGAUAACGCUCUUACAGAUUUCGCUUAAAACUUCACGAACAUCGAGGCUGUUAUUGGAGGAAAAAGCUCCCGUCAAUGAUUUUCGAAGAACAGUUCCCAGUGCCGAGAUAUACUGCUGCAAGUAAAAUAGGUAAUAGCGUCAUUUUGUUGCUAUGACAACUCCGAUGCCGUUGCAACCCUGAUCAUAACAAAUUUUCAUCUUUAUCUAAUACAACUGUGGUGGCAAUUUUUCCAAAACUUUGUAUUUUGCGACGUAGUUUAUGCUCAAACUUGGGAGGUAUUGACCCUGAAAAACUGUAUCGAGCCACCUUAAAAUUAAACUGGUAACAAUGGUAAAUACAUUGUACAGUUGUACAUGUACCUAUUUCCUUUAACCUCUUUUGCCGGUUCGUCUUUGCUAAAGGACCGUAUGGAAACAUCUGCUUCCAUGGGACAUAAUUUUCAAACGAGGAGAACAUCCUGCAAAAUAAAUUUGUUUUAAGCAAAACACUAAGUAUGAACACACUAGAAAUAAGCUUAUUAUUAUCACCUUACACAACAGUCAAAUUAAAGUGGACAGGUUUGCCCUACAGGUCUUAUUCUUUCCUUUGCUUACAACUCCUUUAUCCACCUCUUAAAAAAAAACAAAGAAAUAGUUAAGCUUAAAUAAAUUUGAAGAUUUGAUAUGGCAUACAGUAGUACCUAGCUUCAUCGAUGCCUUUUUCAGCUUCUUUGGUGUUCUGACAGGACAAAAAAGAUUUCGACAAGGGGAACUUCCUGAAAAUUAUAAAAUGUUACUCAAUAAAACAACACCGAGAUAUAUACUUUCGUGGAUAUAAAAUUAAUUAAAAAUACAAUCACUUGUAGAAAAACAAAAAUCGAAUACCUUUCGUUUCGGGUGGCCACAGAAUGGAUGACUUGCAAGCUCUAAAUUGCUUUCCCCGCUGUCGUACUCCCACUCUGAGUCGAAAAAAAUGUAUAUGUAAGUUUUUGGUGAAAAUUUGCAUCGUUCUUUUGGGUAGGAGAAUCUUUGACUGUAAACAAUCCACCACGACGAACAAAUUUAUUAACCAGAAAAAAUAAUAUGCUACAAAGUUAGAACUUACCGCUGUUUGCAGACACUUCAACCGACACAUCCAUACUAUCGGCGAGCAGUUUUUCGAAAAUGGAGCAGCAGAAACUCGUAAAAUGUGACCAGGGGUAAAAUUGCUCUAAAAUCAGGAGUAUUUUGCCAGUAUUGGCUAGGCGUUCUCUCGCCCGCUCUUUCCCAGACUUCGCGCGGACAACGGGGCAAGAGAGAACGCCUAGGGACUAGGCUGGGCUAUUGUGUAUAAACGGAGAAAAUAUUGAAUUUCACUGGAGUUCUCAGGGAAGAAUUUUUAAAAGUUACAAAAGUGUGAAAAAAUUGUAAUAGAUAAAGCUACGGUAAAACUGGCAACAAACACGUGCAACUUGUUUCGCAACAUUGCUGCAGAACAUGUUGACAAGCAUGUUGCCCGUUUUACCAUCCACGUUCAAACCUGUAUUAAAACAAAUAAAGGUUGCUGCAAGUUGAGUAAAUACUGACUUCUGAUUGGAUAAGAUUAUGCGGGAGUCACGCCAUACAAAGGCAUUACGUUACUUGCUGCAAAACAAGUUUGCCUUGGGCCGGUAAAACGCGCAACGUAGAGAGAUGCAAAAGGUAGAACUACUCUAUACUUUCUGCAACAACUUUUCGCAACCUGCAACAAUCUGAUUUGUUGCAAGACUGUGAGGUUUGAACGUGCGCGGUAAAAAGAGCAACAUUGCUUUUCAACUCUUUUUGCUGCAACGUUGAAAUACAAGUUGCACCUUUCUUGUGCCCGUUUUACCGUACCUUAACCAAAAAUAGGUGAGCAUGAAUCAGUUUAAUACUUUCAAAUUCAAAGUUUUAAAAUUAUUUUAAAUUUUUAAAAUUAUUAAAAACUGAAUCAUUUGAUAAUGCAACUCUAGCGUUUUGAUUGGCUUAGCCGUUAUGAUAUAUGAGCCAUUAGUAUAUACACACUCAGUGAUCUUGGUGAUUUAAGCAAUCUGAUCGGUUCGCUAUCUCGGAUUCACUUCCUAGCAAGUGGAUAAUGUGUGAGCUCGGUGUUUUUCCUAUUUUUUUCGAGAACGAUCUUUUAUAAGUCGACAAAAUCCUACGGCUGACUUUUUUUAAGGCAAGAAGAAAAGACUUGGAAGGAUUCAAUACGGCGUUUUUCAAUUUACUGUAGCUGAGUGUUGUACUCGAUGGAUUGUUUACAACUCCCGUGUAUUCGAGUAGAAGAAGCCGUUUCGUGAACUCAGCGCGAUCUAACAAGGAAAUUUUGGCUCAAAAAUCAAAGUUUAUUUAUGACAAACAAAUUAAAAAGGAAAUGUUUGCAGAAAUUCUACGUUUCAAGUAAACAGGAAAAAGAAUGAUACAGGAAGACGACGUCUUACCUCGAGCAACCGAGCCGCCAUUUUUGUCAGCACUUCAUGAUCCUUCAUGCGAAGAACGACAAAAAACCCUUUUGGCUAUAAACUUGGCGAGUCAACAGAAAACAACACAGCUCUACUUUUCUUCUCAGGUAAGGAAACAGUCAAAACUUUUAGCGGUUCCAUUUAAGCCAUUACGCUGUUGUUUGCGAAAUGACAAACUUGUGAAUUGCCAUGUUUGAAAGUUCUGCGAAGAUCUAUUUUUAAACUUACGCGUGAUUUGAUCUGUCAAUCAAAUCGUACUCUUUAAUGGUUUCCUCUCUGAUUUUGUUGAGAUCACUUCGUGUGUAUAUACUAAAACAAUUAUUCUUUUCAAUCUCGGUGAACAGUGGCUUUGGAAAUUUUUACCUCGCCGCUUUUGCGGCUCGGUAAAUAUUUAGCCACUAUUCACCUCGAUUUCAAAGAAUAAUUCAGUGUUAAUUAUACCAUGUUCUCCAUAUAUGGUCGGUGUACGCGUCAGUUUAAAAUUGGAACUAGCUGAGAUUUUUUUCGCGAAGGAUAGAAUGGGAGCCGAAGAAAAUCGUUUUCAUUUCUUAGAAUACUAGAAAAUGCAAUUUCAUCAGGGAACAACAAACAAAGAAACAAAAAGGCACAAGAGUUUGUUUGAAAGUUCAUCGAAAAACACAUGAAAAUACAUGAAGCUAAAAUACCUUGAUCAGCUACGAAAGAAGACAAUUGUGGUUUCUUCAUGUUCGCGAAGCCACUCGCCGAGUCACUGGCCGAUAGAAAACUGCAGCCUGUUUAUCCGACGUUAAGAAUCACUAAAUCACAAGCAACCAGCUACAAAUACAGGCUAUGCAGCCAUUCCCUACAGCAAUCGAUGCGUCAGUAUAGCUUUUUCUCUCGUUCAGCAAAACCAGCCGGUGGUAUCAAACAACUUCAUAAGAGGGUCCUGAAAGGGGGGGGGGGGUACCAGUCCCAUUUCCCAGCCCAUUUUUUUUCGAAAUCUCACUUCCCAGUGCUCAAAUCCCAUUCCCACUAGCAGAAUUUGGAAAAAAUCCCAGUGUUAUACAUACCACCUCUUUUCUCUUCGCAUCCGCAAAAUUACGGCUUCUAAAUACGACCCGACAAAGACCCAAAGUUCACAAGGAUUUACAAAGUAACAGGAUCAUUUCAGAAAGCAAUAAAACUUUCAAGUAGCGAGUUUAUAGCGAUUAGUCUCUCCCACUUCACAUUCCUGCCGUUCCUGCCUGCAGGAAAUCUGCCAUCCGACUUGUAAGUGUUCUUACUCUUGCCAGUCUGGUUGGACGGAUCAUGUUCAUUGUUUCAAGAGCACUGUCUACCUCUUCUUCAGAGUCACUGUCACUGUCACUCGCACUAAAGCUGUCUACCCAUUCGUUGUUGGGAGACUCUGGUGAUAAACUGGCAUCCUCAUUUGAAUUAGGUGGAUCAUCACUUUCGCUUGGAACUCUUUCUAAGCCUAUCAGUGAAUUGACUGGUUUUAAGACCGUUUCAGUUUCAUAUAAGUUCAGAGGCAAAGUGCCUGCCCUGUCCAUUGUGUUAUCUUGUCUUGCAUUUCGUUGUCUGACGGACUUACCGUGCAUUUUCUCCCAUGCCCUCAUUUCAGCUUCCUCGUUUCUGGUUAUCUUCUGUGAGGUUGGCUUUGGAAUUUUGAUGUGAGGUAAGGAAACUACAUGUGAUGUUGGCAGUUUAUAAUAGGAAUUUGGAUGUGUGUUGCUGCUCACUUUGAAACCCUUUUCACUGCUUCUUCAACUGAUGUACAAAUAAAACAUCGUUGCAUAUUUGUACAGUGUAAGAGUGUCUCUCUUAAAAUGUGCUCCCGCCAUGUUGUUUGUAUCAUACAUAUACACAUGCCAUGUAGACUUUUGGUUUUACACACACCGCUGUACACAAAUAUCGUUGACCGCCAAUCGGGGCCAUUCGGGGGAGACCUAGAUAAAAAUGCUAAAAAUUGACUAGAACAAGGUGCAUUGGCAAUUUUCUGACCUUUCUUAACCCCAGGAAAUAAGUGAUGCCUCGACUGGUCAUGGUUCCAAACUAUUUAUCCCAUUCCCAUUUUUGACAUUUUAUUCCCAUUCCCGGUGACCAAAUCCCAGUCCCAGUGGCUUAAAUUCCAUUUUCCCAGGGCAAAAACUGGCCAAUCCCAGUUCCCAUUUUACCCCUUCAGGACCCUCUCAUAACAAGCGACCGAGGUAGUUUUUCUCCAUUGUUCUUACUUUUGUAACUGCACCAAAAAUCCAAAUUCACAGUAAUUUCGACGGCUGCACUUAAAAAUUCUUUUUCUUCACAUUAUCUGCUAGGUUUUUGUAGCCGUCCUGCUGUGUAAAAUCCUAGAAUUCUGAUGCGUUUUUAAAAGUGUUCAACGCUAUAUGUUUUUAUUUUUCAUUCAUCCAGUCCGUUCACGCGUUGACUGUUUUGAUAGACGUGUGACAUGUGAAUAGCGGAAGUCCCUUGUCUUUUUCGGUUUGUUCUAACAAAGAUAAGUGGGGAAAAUUCAUCGAGACUUUGAGGGCGUUUCUAAUAAAACAAUUAUUCCAUUCGCGCUGGUUGGAUAUGAGAUGAUUAUAGCCAACUCGGCGUUACACGCCUUGUUGGCUACCUAUCAUCUCAUAUCCAACGCGCCCUCGUGGAAUAAUUGUUAAAUAAAACCAUAGUUAUUAGAGGAGACUGGUUAUGAAAAGCGGCAAACAUCAAUGAUAAAAACAACAGUGCUGCAGUUCAUGUUCAAAGCACCGUGAAAGUGCACAAUCCUUUGUUUUCUGUUGGCAAAUUGUUACGGAAUAAAUUAAUGCAACGUUUUUAUUGGUCAAUACAAUCAAAAUGAUAGGAAUUCUUUUGAACGUUGUGCACUUUCAGGUCCACAGAAACAUACAACAAAGGAGUCUGACGGGUUUCAUAACCAUUCCACUCAAUUAACUAUGAUAAAACUAAGGUAUAAUCGUCUCACGCAAGCCGAGAAGGAUCACUGCCUAACUAAUGUCAGCAUCAACAGAAAGCACUGCCGCAUUGCUAUCUUUUAGAUACACAAGUCAGCAUAACAUGAAUUCUUUUGUACCCUAGUUGAAGAUAUAGGAUAAGAUAGGGAGGACUGUAACGGUUGGCAAUAAGCGGUCUACAUGUGUGGUACCAACAAUUAUUUACCAAACAAUUCAAGGUCAUGAUGAUAGUUUAAAAACUAUUUAACUUUUGUACUGAAACGAAGGAGGAGAGGCAACACUUCCCACACUAGUCUGUUUACUGAACUUGUUACUGCAUCAGAAGUUUCCUUGUUUAUGUCUUUCCAUAUGAUGAUAAACAAUUAUUGGAUGAGGUUUUGUGAAAUCCGGAAUAGUGAAGUUCGAGGUAAGUGUUACAAGCCGAGCCGAAGGCCGAGGCUGAUGACACUUACCGAGACCUUGAUUAUAUAGGAUGUCACAAAAACCGAAUCUAAUAAUUGUUUUAUAACACAUUGUUUUGAAAAAAAUAACGACAAACACACCGUCUCAGGGAACUUGACUUGAUAUUGUUACAGGAAAUCAUAUAUUGCGCGCGCAACCUACAGAUUAGACAGUUAUCUGCUAUAGCAGAUAACUAGCUAAUAUGUAGGUUGCGCUGAAUUCUAAAAUUAGCUGUAGGCUCUUAGCCAAUGAAAGGACAGAUAGUAAGUACAAUGUAUAAUAACGUCAUUUAUCCGUUUACAACGUUUACCGGUCAGGAGUUUAUAUACUCUGGAGACCGUUUACGAAUUUAAAAAUCCUUGAGCCCUUAGCAAGAUCGCUUGAAAUCUUCUAAGGCAAGCACGCGUCAACGCAUACGUUUCAAUUUCAAUUAACCAAAGUUAGCCAAGCCAGGAGCCCAUAACCCUGAGCGAGCAACUUCCAUGAGCUCCGCGUGUCACGGCGUUUUCAAGGACCAGUUUAUUUUUAGAACGGUUUUGGCGAAAAUUUUGAAUAUCUUUUAAAUUCCACAAACCAGUCAGCUAAACCUACAGACCUAAAAAUGAUAUUUUUUGCCUUUUAAUAACGUUUAGUCUCCCUUUUUGAUAUCUUAUACUUGGAAUGCGCUCAAAGACAUGGUGGAGAUUCUAUUUUCGUGGGAAAAGCGCCCUAAAAUGUGUCAUCGCGCAGAAUGGCUAUUGUUCUCGGGACAUUUACUUACAGUCAAGCUAGAAGCAUAGGUCUGUAAUAUUACAGGUGAAGCGUGAACUAAAUCACUCUCACUGGUGGAAGUCUGCGCGGUCUUUCCUUUAUAGUGAUUACCGCCUUGUUCAUCAACUUGUCAGGGCAGAGCAAAAAAACAACGGCCAUGCGAGCUGUUGUUCAUCCUUUUGUUUCUUGAUAUCUCACCUUAAAUCGCUUGUGCAACGCGUGCUUACAAGGAUGACAACAGAAACACAGAAGUCUUAAAGGACAGUUAAUAUUUCAAUGCGCUUAAACUGAAUCAAUUUUACGAUGCUUUUACAGCUGAGGUCGAAUAAAGUUACAGUCCUUUGAAAACUGGUUGCAAUUGAGUAUUGUCAAAAAAAAUUGUCGCGCGCGAACAGUUAGAGCGCGCUUGUGUCGUCACUAAUACGCUUUAAGCCCAAGGCAGUCUAAAGGUAAUUAUUUUUGACUGAGCCAUUUUUCCAUAGAUGAAACGCAAAAGACACAGGUAUGUUAAUUUGUUAGGCGGCCUUGGCACAAUAAAUUGGGACUGAUUUUUAUGAGGUUUUCAAAGGACCUCGCCUUUCAACUCAUAAGAUCUAUGACUUGCAAACACAUUUCAAGCCUACCGAAAACUUUUCAAUAUACUCACUUCUCAUCUUGCCACACUUCAAACUGCAAAAACGGAGUUUUAUAAAAGGAGUUGCCUGCGUGCAGACGUCUCCUAUUUCCUUUGUUGCACGCGGAAAAGGGACGUCUGCGUAACGCCGUCGCUAAUCGUGUUCCAGCGUCCCGCUGGGUUCCCAAGAUCUUGGGAACAUGCCGUGAUAGGCUGACACACAGUGUGCAUUGUUCGACUUAACGCUGAUUGGUUGUUAUUGAAUCUGGUCUGAUAAUGUAUGCAGCGAUUUAUGUAAUCGGGGUUUUCCUGUCAAAACAAAUCAAAACAUAUGCCAUUCUGUGCAGACCGUACAAAAGCGGCGUGGACUUUGCACCAGGCAGGCAUUUCGGAGAAAGCCAGCCAGAAAAACUAAAAUCUUUAUUUAGCCGUAACAAACAGAGGUCAAAAAAAAUUUAAACACUUUAGAACUGCAUCUGAAAUCAAAUCCUAUCAGGAACACCCACAGAAGCAUAAACCACAGGAAAUGAUUACUCACUGUCCAUGUAACAAGCCUGCUUCAUGACCUCUAAAUGUAAGACUUAGUGGGGCAAAAACGAGAUUUACUCAGUCAAAAUUUAGACUGCUACAUGCACUGUGUAGUGCGAGAGAGAAAAGAAGAAAAACCUCAGUUCAAGCAGACUCUCAAGGUCACGUUUCGCAUUAUCACGAGCUUAUGAUGUUGUGUUUGGCCUGUCAACUCUUAUUACUAACCGGAUAUUAUUUCACAAUUUAUGCGAAAUAGAAUUCCCUGCCAGCGGGACGCUGGAACACAAUUAGCGACGGCGUUACGCAGACGUCCCUUUUCCGCGUGCAAUAAAGGAAAUAGGAGACGUCUGCACGCAGGCAAUAAAAAGAAGAAGCAUUACGUCUUUCGAUUUACUUGAACAGGGGCCGCGAGGAAUCGGUAGGUAAUGAUGACGUUUCUAUUGUUUGCGCCCGCAAGUGCGAAAUGGUUAGGAUAACGUAAAAACAGAAAAUUCCGAAGGGAUCGCUUAGGUAGAUUUUGUGACAUUUAUUGUGCAGUCGUACUACGAUACUCCUUUGAGUUACGUGUUAUCAGUGACAUUCUGUGGAGCAGUUGUUACGAAAGUUAUGGACCAAAAGACACUCGUUAUGCGCAGAUGAAGUUAUAAUGUGCGUAAAACUGUGUAUAUAUAAACACUUGGAGAGUUUGCCAGACACCAGUUCACAAAUCCUUGAUUGGAAACCUUGCCAGACACCCUUUUCUUUUUGACCGGAAUCAGUAAGACUCCACCCCAAACAAGCAAGACGAGUGAAACAACGGCUAGCUUAUCACUCGAUGGACGAUAACAGAGAUUCGCCUACAAUCAAAUUCUGUGCUGACUUAUUCCCUACUCACAGAUGUCCUUCCACUAUAAAGUUUAAAAUAAGACUAGAAUGCGCGAGCGUGAAUUGAUCAAACGUCCUUUUAAUUUCUAAGGCUUACUUUGCGGCAAAUAAAAGGAAGUGAAUGUAAAAGUGAAAGAGAAAUAGCGAGAAAUUCAACUUCUGAUUAAAUCUUUUCUUAUGGUUUAGAAUAAACUAUUCUCGAAACUGAGGAUGUUUUGAUCAAAGCUGUGUAAAUCGAACUGAAAUUGUGCAUGGAAUCUUGCGUCUCCUGUAUUUAUCUCACCCAUUGUAUGGACUAUGUGUGAAAAUCUUCAUUAUGAAUCGGUAUAUUUCAAAGAGCUACACAACCAGCAAGAAUACUAUUGACCGACAAUAUACAGAGCGGAGGCAGCUGUAGUGUCAACUAUUGCUAAUUGUAUUGAUCAAGCGUAUAGCAGAUUGUGUUAAUAAAGUCUAGUGAUUCUUAAAUAUAUUUCAAAGUUCGCGGCACCAGCUAAUAGCAUACUUCACAAGUGAGUGGUUUUCAAUGGAGUAUUGUUAUAUUUGACAGCCAUUGUUAUUCAUACCUGUGCGUAAAACAAAAGCUCGCUGACCUUAGGUACGCUGCGUUUCUACCAGACUUUUUCAAACUCGCAGGGAUAGUGGUUCAUGUCCAUAAACUUUAAAAGUUAAAACGUAUUCUCUUUAAGGAAAGAGCAAUCUUACAUAUUCCGGCUAAAACUAAAUUGGUCCUAGUAUGGUAGUUGCUCGCUUCUGGUUAUGGGCUCCUAGCCAAGCCUAAAAGAGGAGUUGCAACAAACUUUUAGGAAACACAUAGAAUGUUUUCUGUAAAUUAGAAAACGCAGAAAAUCUCUUGAAACUAUGCAAUAACUAAUAGAACCAAGCACAAUUUUAGAAUGAACGCUUAUGAAAUUUAAAAAAAGUUGGUAAAAUAAAGGAAAAACAGACAAGCUAAGUAAUUACUUGUGAAAAUGGAAACUUCCUCUACAGGCAUCAUAAACUCACUAUGUCAACGCUUGUUUAAGUUACAGCUGAAGCUCGUGUAAGCAAACACUGGUUUUUUAAAUUCGAAAAAGUGGUCGUUACUAGUGCUGAUUACGAGAAUGACCCCUCGUAGGCGACUGCAACAAGUGAAACACUAGAGGGUAGUGUCAUUUAAAAUAAUUCGUAAUGGAAAAAACAAAAAAGCAAUUAUAUGUUUAAUUAGUGUCUUUAUAUCUGACAUAGACACGGCUAAACUUUGCUUCCAAUUACAACUUACACCAAAAGAACCCAAACUGACUGUAUAUGUGACCCUACAGGAUUACUGGAGCACCAACACGUCAGCACCACCAAAAGAUGCUCUUAAAAACUUUGAGCUAGUUGAAGCCAUGGAGAUGGGUGGAUAUACCAGCGUUAAAUUUGAAAGAAAUUUGACGACAGGAGAAUCAAACAUAGAUGUUCAGUUUACGGUAAGGUUGUACAACAAAUAUUCCAGUAACAUGUGCAUGUGAGUGAACUCUGUGGCUAGUCUUUACACUAGACCGUUAAGUAAAACUUAUGAGCUGCUAAAUUUUUACUUAACCAAAGAUACAUGUGUGAAGGCCUAAGAAAAAUUUCAAGUUCUUUUACUUUGCAUCUCAUUGAAGUCGGAAAGUUGAAACGAUUCAAGAAAAAAAGCUUCAAGUGACCUAAAAACCAUCCUUGAAACCGACUUUGCGAACUUGCGCUUUCUUGAGCUUUGUUUGGGGCAAAGCAAAAUAUGUCAAUCAAUCUUAAUUAUAUUGCGUUUGAAAAAAGACUUAAGUUAACCUGAAUUAAAAAAAGAAUCAUUUGUGUCUGAAGCUUUAUUUUAUAUGAUACUAUAUUUUUCACGAAAAAGGUACCCCUUUCGUAUAACUUCUAUUGACGAAUGGUACCCCUUUAACAUACCUUGUUUAGAACUUUCAUCCUAGGAAUCAAUCACAAAAAUAGAAUGUUUUCUCAACUUCAGUCAUAAAGCCAUAAAAUUCAUCUGUUUGCGGCAUUUUUGGGUUGGGGGUACCGUUACUGUUUUCGUUAAUAAACAAUGGGAAUGUAGAUAACGCGUACAGUAAUUGAGAAAACAACUUAAAAUUUCCCUUCAGUACAUAAAAAGUUUAUAAAACACGUUCAAAAUUCGGCUAUAAAACCGCAACAGUGCACUUUCUGUGUACCGUAGGCUAUUCAUCAUUUCCACGCCUUUAAUUUUAUAAAAAACUUCGCAAACUUGUCAAUUGAUAAUUUUCAGUUAUAAGUUACUGCCGGCUUUUUACAUAGUUACUUUCUUUGUCUACCUUUGGAUUUCAGAACAAUACUGAAGUCUAUAUUGUCUGGGCUAUGCACUCAACUACGGAUGCCAAUUCAACGUCGGCAAAUUUGAGCCCAAGGCACACUAUCAGGGGAAAAUCAGGAAAUGCGCGAAACCUGAUCGCUGAGGCCAUGGCUGCAGCAAUGACACCUACCACCACUACCAUGAUGAUGCCAUCCACAUCUGUUGUUUCUACGCCUCAACCAACGGGUAAUGACAGAUGUCAAUAUAAAUAAUAUAGUCCCGGAUUCUAAUUAACUUGAUUACUUCCCGCAAUUACAGUGGAACCGCGAUAUAAUCGAGGGCCAAGGGACGGGCAAAAUUUGUUCGCUAUAACAAGGUUUCGUUAUAUCGAGGUUGAUUUUCAUAUAUUUUACUAUCACUAGGAUAAAGAAAAUCUUUCGUUAUAUCGAGGACUUCGUUACAUAGAGGUUCGUUAUAUCAUGAGGUUCCACUGUAAUGUGUCAGAAAAACCUAUGAAUGACCAAACGAAGAAGAUUUACAUCAUUCUUCUAAUAACUUUUCAUCACUCGACAAUUGAAAAAAUGAUAGCAAAAACUCUUGAUCUUGUGUCCUUGACGUUGUCUCGGACAACACUUGAAGGGAAUAAAUAGCACAUAAUAUUUUUGAAUCCAAAUAUUUUUGAAAUCCGCCAAGAAAAAAUUUCCAUUUCCACACGUAUCCGUAUUCAAAUCGAAUUUGCCGUUCCGGAUUCACUCUAGUACCCAGGAAUGCUCUGGGAAAAUUGGCAACAAAGCUAAGCAUGCGUCGUAAAGCGCGUGAAAUCUGCGUGUAGAAUUAUGGCAGAAUCACCCCAGAAGAGCUUUGCAAAGAGCGAGCUAAGGUUCCUUCCUCGACGGGUAAGAGAGAGAACCUGGCAACGAGGUUGCUAUCUUGAAUACAGUAUUCACGGUAAAGAACUGGGCUUGAUCUUGUUACGUCACCGGAUAAAACAAUAUUAAAUCCGGACUUAGUGUCUACACGAUUCCGAAUUCAUGGAAUAUGCAAAAAUUUCCACUCUGGAGAGCGGAUUCAAAAAGUUACGGAUUCGUAUGCCCGAUUCACCGGAUACGUGUGGACAAAAGCCUUGUUUAUGUACACUCUUUUUUUUAGCGAGAAUGUUGUUUUUCCGGCCCCGGGCUAAAUUAAUAUUCUAAUUUUUCUGUCAAUUCUAGGCUAAAAAUAUUCUGGAAUUAUUCUUAAUUAUAAAUGGCGAUAAAUCCGCUUAAGGAUGUAUCAGGGGGUUUUAAUUGCCAGUGCGCUUGCCGUUUUGUUAAGUGAAAAACAUAAAUUCUGCUGUAUUUAUCAAAUUCUCAGCCUUGGGUUUAUUCUUAAACUAGUAAUAACCAAAGGUUACGGAGUGCUGGCUACAAUGAUCGAAGGUCAAAACGCUUUGGGUCCCACGCUGUUCUUUGUGUAAGUUUCAUGUGACAGAUCGUCUAAACACACGUGCUCAGAUUACGAGUGUCGAAGGUCCAAACGCGCGUGGUCAAAUCGCGUUCUGUGCAUCGGUGUUCAUUCUUAGUGGAAGUCCGAACAAAUGCUGGCUACAUACAUGCGACGCAUACCCAAGAACAACCUAGAGAUUAGGAUUGAGGGCUCCUCUUGUCACCUGCACUUAUUCUUAGAAUUUCUCAGAUUUCAGCCUCGACAUUCUUAUAAAAUAUAUUCUUAAAAUUAUUAUGUAUAAUCUUGCAUAAUCCGAGACCCCGCGCGAGCAUAUUGACCGCCGUGAUUUCCACUGUAAAUGUCAAAUUGCAUGGGUGAACGGAAUUUAAUAUUAAGUCACAUAUUUCAAAUCGUACAGAACACUUUCUUCCUGCUUUCGAACUGAGACCAACAACUCUGCACAGAUGUUUUCUUCCUUUUUACAAUUCGACAGCGCUCUAGUAAAUCUAUUGUCCAACGAAUCCCCUGGGGCUUAAUCUGCUCAUUCCUUUAGGGAAUUCUCGGCAUCCGAAGCGAAGGUUGUUUCGAUGGCGUUUCUCAAGAGCUGCGCAUUUUUAUGCUUAUCUUGUUUCCUUUUUUUUCCAUGUAGUUGAUGUAUUGAAUUACGCUAUGUUUAGUGCUGGUAACGGCACUUUCAUGUUGCAUUGGACCUAUAGCAACAACAAGCUGGUCUUCAACAUGACUUGUAAAGCAAUCGGCUGGUGUGCAGUGGGUUUCACAGAAAAUCCUGGCGGUAGAGGUAUGGUAAACUACGAUAUCGCUGCCGGCGGGGUCUCUGCUAACACAUCUUAUCUUGAGGUAAGUUUGUAUAAUGUGACCGGUUGUACUUUUCGGUAUAAGUUAACUGAUGGUUGACCUGGUUGCUAGAGAAAGAUUGCUUAGAUAAAUAGAUACAUGUCGCACUUUGUAAUAAUCGUCGCACUUUGUAAUAAAAUAAGCUGUCGUAAUAAACUUGUAAUAAGAGAGUUUAAGAUGCCUGGACGGCUGACCUAGUGGACGGUAACAUUGAGCGCGAAGAACUGGGUCGAUGACGACUACCUUGGCGGGAAACUUUUCUCGUUAAGGAGCAGAUUUCUAGUUGAAGACGACACCUUUUUGUUCAUCAUGGUAUCUUUAAGAAAAACUCGUGAAAUGAUUGUUAUUGCUUACGCGGAAGGGCUAUUGACGGAUGAAGAGUUUAUGUUUCUUUAUGAGACAAAUCAACCAGUUAAUUUAGAGCUGCCUUACUACGAGUAUGAGGAAUUUAACUUUGACGAAAACAUCAGUUAAGCCGAAUGUAAAGCGGAGUUUAGGUUUGAAAGAGGAGAUAUCGGACGUCUCGCUGAUGUUCUUCAAUUACCGCCCACCUUUACGUGUCUACAAGGCAGUGUUUGCGACCGAAUAGAGGGCCUUUGCAUACUUCUUCGUCGCCUCGCAUAUCCAUGUCGUUACAGUGACAUGGUCAGCAGAUUUGCAAAACCAGUUCCUGUUUUGUGUAUGGUAUCGAACAUAGUGCUCAACUAUAUCUUCGCUCUGCAUCAUCACAGAAUCACAACCUGGAAUAAUUCCAUCCUGAGUCCAUUUGCUAUCCAACAAUACUUUGAUGCUGUGUCUGACUAGGGUGCUGCCCUUAACAACUGUUUUGGGUUUGUGGAUGGAACUGUUCGCCCGAUUUGCAGGCAGGGGGAACACCAACGGCUUGUUUAUAACGGGCACAAGAGGGUACAUGCCCUAAAUUUUCAGGCUGUUGCUCUUCCUAAUGGGCUUACUGGACAUUUGUUCGGCCCUGUGGGUAAGUCUAGUUAUUCCUACAGUCUCUUUUGUUUUUGGUUUUAAGACACCAGUUUUGGCUUAGAAAAAUUUAUGAGUUGAACAAUUGAUUUUUCAGAGGGAAAGAGGCAUAAUGCUGCCAUGUUGGCGAACUCUAAUUUUCUCACCGCUUUGGAGCACAAUGCUGUAUCCCCAACUGGCCAACAGAUGUGCAUAUACGGAGACCUGACCUAUCCUUUAAGGGUAAAUCUCAUGGCACCGUUCAGAGGGGCCGCCCUGACAGCGCAAAUGGAAGCCUUCAAUGAUUCUAUGUCGAAUGUGCGUACCUCAGUCGAGUGGUUGUUUGGAGACAUUGUGGAGUAUUUCAAGUUUAUGGACUUUAAAAAAACCUUGAAAUAGGUCUAAGCUCGAUCGGAAAAUUGUAUGUCGUGUGUGCCCUGUUAAGAAAUGCGUUAACUUUCCUUUACGGAGCUGGAUCCUCCCACACUGGAGGAAUACUUCUUUUGAGCAAUUUUAAGUCACCUUUCCACAAACUGCUGACGAAAAAUUUAGCUCUGAAAUCAGUUAAAGGUAGUUAAACAACCUUUCGAUAAUUCAUCGAUUUUUUCGAAGAUAAAGGAAUCAAACACUUUACUAACAGUCAAAUAUUAUUCAAGCACAAUUUUAAUAGAAGAAACCAAGUUGCUGAGAUAACAAGAUAAAGGCUGUAAUUACACUCACUGUUACUAGAAAGGCUCAGUAGUCCGACCUCAGUAUUUACCAAUGUUAAAAGAUAAACACAAAUUAACAUAGCUGUGCCGAGCUACUUUGAAAGACAAUUACAGUCAUUGUAAAAGUCACUUGUUUACCAGUUUCGACAGUAGCUCCAUCAUGUAUUGUUGUUGCUGAUGCAUCAAUUGCAUCAUCUCCCUUUGCUGCUCAAAUGAUCGGGCUGUCUCCUUUUCUUUAAGCUCCAACUCUCUCUUCCUGACUUCAAGCUCUAGUUGAGAUUUUUCUCCGAGAAAUUCAAUGGAAUCAUUGCCUCCUCUUCUCUUUUUCUUCUUAGGUUCCAUGGGAGCUUCAUCUCCGGCAAUUCUUGAUUUGGUUAGGACCAUAGCUCUCCAUCGCUUUUUUUCGAAUUUCUUGUGCUUUGUGCUUGUUUUCUUCUCCUUUGGCUUGCUUGGCUUCUUUCUCUUCGACCGGGAAAGAUUCUUCCAAAGAACAAAUCUCUUCUAGGGCUUGUUCGAGCUCCGAAAUGGGUUCCACCACGCACGUGGUCAGUCGAAAUGCUCCACCGUGGCUGUACACAGUGCAUAUCACUUUUACAAUUUUAACCAGCUUGUCAGUGGUUUUAUUGCCCAAAACAAAAAAGUGACAAACAAUGUUCACCUAAUGAAGUUCGAAAAUCUAAAAACAUGCGGAAAUUUAUGGGGAAAUAAUAGUAACAGUACUCACGUUGACUGGUGGACGGCAAAACACCACUUCUCACGUCCUCGACACAAACAGGACUGCAAUCCGCGUGGACCAGGCAUGCGCAUUGUGGUCUACACGCGAAAUUUACUUCCGGUCAGCCGUCCUCGAGGUUAGCCGUCCAGGUAUCUUAAACUCUCUAUAAACUUGAAAUAGAUGGUCGGAGGACAAGUAAACCCAAUAACAAGAAUUCUUAUCGACAACAACAACAAUAAUAACAACAAUAACAAUAAUAGUUGUUUAUUGUUAAUAUUAUUAUCAUAAUCAGGACUUAAGAGAAAUACAUAAGGUGGGACGAAUUCUAAAAUUAAACUAAAAACUCUUUUACUUUUGUACUGAAACGAAGGAGGAGAGACAUCACUGCCCACACUAGUCUGUUAACUGAAGUUGUUACUAUAUAGAAAUUACCUUGGUUAUGUCUUUCCAUAAGAUGAUAAACAAUUAUUGGAUGAGGUUUUUGUGAUAUCAGGAGUCAUUAAUAAUUCGUAAAGGAAAAAACAAAAAAAUUAUAUUUAAUUAGUGUCUUUAUAUCUGACAUAGACACGGCUAAACUUUACUUCCAAUUACAACUUACACCAAAAGAAUCCAAACUGACUGUAUAUGUGACCUACAGGAUUACUGGAGCACCAACACGUCAGCACCACCAAAAGAUGCUCUUAAAAACUUUGGGCUAGUUGAAGCCAUGGAGAUGGGUGGAUAUACCAGCGUUAAAUUUGAAAGAAAUUUGACGACAGCAGAGUCAAACAUAGAUGUUCAGUUUACGGUAAGGUUGUACAACAAAUAUUCCAGUAACAUGUGUGAGUGAACUCUGUAGCUAGUCUUUACACUAGACAGUUAAGUAAAACUUAUGAGCUGCUAAGUUUUACUUAACCAAAGAUACACGUGUGAAGACCUAAGAAAAAUUUCAAGUUCUUUUACUUUGCAUCUCAUUGAAGUCGGAAAGUUGAAACGAUUCAAGAAAAAAAGCUUCAAGUGACUUAAAAACCACCCUUAAAACCGACUUUGCGAACGUGCGCUUUCUUGAGCUUUGUUUGAGGCAAAGCAUGUCCAUCAAUCUUAAUUAUAUUGCGUUUGAAAAAAGACUUAAGUUAACCUGAAGUAAAAAAACAAUCAUUUGUGUCUGAAGCUUUAUUUUAUAUGACACUAUUUUUCACGAAAAAGGUACCCUGUGGUAUACCUUAAUUCUAUUGACGAAUGGUACCCCUUUAACAUGCCUUUUUUAGAACUUUCAUCCCUUUUAACUGCUGUAAAUACACUGUCUUUUAAACAGGAAUCAAUCACAAAAAUGGAAUGUUUUCUCAACUUCAGUUAUAAAGCCAUAAAAUUCAUCUGUUCGCGGCAUUUUUGGGUUAGGGGUACCGUUACUGUUUUCAUUAAUAUUUAAUAUACAAUGGAAAUGUAGAUAACGCGCACAGUAAUUCAGAAAACAACUUAAAAUUUCCCUUCAGUAGAUAAAAAGUUUAUAAAACACGUUCAAAAUUCGGCUAUAAAACCGCAACAGUGCACUUUAUGUGCACUGUAGGUUAUUCAUCAUUUCCACGCCUUUAAUUUAAAAAAAAAACUUCGCAAACUUGUCAAUUGAUAAUUUUCAGUUAUAAGUUACUGCCGGCUUUUUAAAUAGUUUCUUUCUUUGUCUACCUUUGGAUUUCAGAACAAUACUAAAGUCUAUAUUGUCUGGGCUAUGCACUCAACUACGGAUGCCAAUUCAACGUCGGCAAAUUUGAGCCCAAGGCACACUAGCAGGGGAAGAUCAGCAAAUAAGCAAAACCUGAUCGCUAUGGCCAUGGCUGCAGCGAUGACACCUACCACCACUACCAUGAUGAUGCCAUCCACAUCUGUUGUUUCUACGCCUCAACCAACAGGUAAUAACUGUUACAGUAAAUAAUAUAGUCUCAGAUUCUGAUUAACUUGAUUACUUCCCGCAGUUACAGUGGAACCUCGGUAUAACGAAGGGCCACGGAACUGGCAAAAUUUGUUCGCUUUAACGAGGUCUCGUUAUAUCGAGGUUCAUUUUCAUACAUUUUACUAUUACUGGGGUAAAGAAAAUCUUUCGUUAUAUCGACGACUUCAUUAAAUGGAGGUUCGUUAUAUCGAGGUUCCACUGUAAUUUGUCAUAAAAAGCUAUGAAUGACCAAACGAAGAAGAUCUACAUCAUUCUUCUAAUAACUUUUCAUCACUGCACAAUUGAAAAAUUAAAAGAAAAAAUUUUUGAUCUUGUGACCUGGACAUAUUGAUACCGAAAUUGAUUUUGUCUCGGGCAACGCUCGAGGGGAUUAAACAAAACAUUUCUCCGCUUCUGAUUGGCUAAAAUCACACGCAUAAUUCAUCAAAACCAGCUACUGUUGGCCAAAUUUGGAAGAGUUUUGCCCUACUGAACCGAUGACGUCGAAAGUGAAGCAAAGUUGCAGAUUAUUAAACCGUUAAACCAAGAGAACCUGGGGACGAGUUUGAGUUAAUGGCAGAACAUUUUUCACGGCGAACUAUUAUCUGUAUGUUCUGAACAGAUUUUACGUCAUCAGUAUGGAAUUUCUGUCGCUGAGUCGCAGAUGUCCCUCCUCGCGAAACGUUCCCCAGCGGCAAGGAGAGAGGAAAACCGUGUGUUUUCUCAGGCUACCUCAUUCAAUAAUUGCUAAAUAUGUUUCUUGUUGAUCGUCGAAACUACGUGAGAGCCUAAAUCAGGCUAUUAGAGUUAAUGUCGUGCGAGUCAAACCAUUAGUACGUUAUUUUAGCGUUUUGGUAAAGAAACCUGUUUCUAUUAUGUUUUUUUUUUACCUUUAUUUCUUUGUUAAGGCACGACCGUCAGUGCCGGUGAUAAUUUUAUGCUGACUUGGAUAUACAGCAACAACAAGUUGAUGUUCACAAUGAAAUGUAAAACCACUGGUUGGUGUGCAGUCGCCUUUACAACAAGGGAUGGUAGAGGGAUGAGAGAUUACGACAUUGCCUUAGGCGGGGUCGCUUCCGGAAACAACUAUCUUGAUGUAAGCGGGAUGGAUUUCAUUCAGUAUAAAGAACUAUCUUAGAGCAUCUCACUGACGUCAGAUGGGCAGAUUCAUUGAAUAGCUUUCCCAAAUUCACAUUAAUAACUAAGUAAAUGCCUAUUACUAGUGGGUUGUACGAUAAUGAGAUCACCAUGGCGACGAUAAUAACUGUGAUAUUAUGUUCGCAUUCGCCGAUAAUGAUGUAGAUGUCGCAUAUUUUGUGUCUGCAGCAGCAGAAAUUCUACCACCAACUAACUUAGCCCUCUUGGUCCGCCACAGAUACGCGAUGUACAGAAUCUUAAAAAUUUUCUAUGACAUAGAACGUUGUUUUUAAGACACGAUCUCCGAACAAAACUAUAGGUUGGAUUAGGAAGGUGAACGAUUUAAUCAAAUUGGCGAAAAUUUUAAAAGAAAUACAGACACUGAGGCGAUCAUAGACAGUGUUCGAAUGUUCAUUGAGGGGAAAGACGUUAUGACCUCGGAAAUCGUGCGUAAAAGGCCAUUCAAGUACUUUUUUAUUGACUCAAUCAGAUCUCGGAAUUUUGCACAGAGCAAGAAAUUGUAAUUUAAGACUAUAAUACCUAAAAAGUGACAGUCUGUGCUGAGAAGGUAGUGAGUUUUGUUUCUUUAUCCGAAGGACUACUGGAGCACCACAACGCAAAAACCAUCAAAGGAUACAAAUAACUUUGAUCUUAUAUCGGCGACUGAGGCUGGUGGAUAUACAACGGUGGUAUUUGAGAGAAAUCCUGAGACAAGCGACACUGCUAACGAUGUUCAGUUUAAGGUAAAUUCUUACCAUCCCUAAACACAGCUAUAAAUUCAGGUACAAAAGUGCAAACGUGAGCAGUCUUUGUGGGCGGGGAGGAGGGUGGUGCAACAACCUAAUGGUUUCCGUCUUAACGAAGAGAGGAAUAUACAGGACAAAAGAAGUAAAUUUACACUAAACUCAUGAAUAUUGUGUUCAGCCAAUUUCCCUGUGGAUCCACAGAUGCGCGGAAUUAAACAAACAAGUCCAAAAGGCAAAGGGGCGUUUGUUUGUGACGACCCCAAGUGAGAAUAGGCAUCCAAGUUUAACUUAGUCCUCGACUGUAUUGAGAAAAGUUAUCCCGGAAGAGAGGGUCACCUUCCCAGCCGAGUCAUCUUUAGCGCGGAGCAUUUAUCUGAGCGAACCAAGAGCUGACAACAGCGCUAGUGUAGCUCAGAUAGUCUCGCUUCGCCUUGACCGAAAUGACCCGACUUGGCGAGCCAACUUGAUUAUAUGAAGCAAAUUUGGCCCGGCUAGGAGGGUGACCCUACCAUCGAAAUAUUUAACCUGGAUAGGCAUGUCAUCCUAACUGUCUAGCCAACUCUUUGAUUCUCGUUAACAGUUCGCGAAGUUCUUUAUCCUGGACAAGUUUUCUCCAUAUAUACCGCAGGGUCCUAGGAACUUGCUGCUGUUUCAGAAGGUUGAAAACAACAUUAACAUAACAAACUAAUGAAAUCCUUUACAUAUUUCUUUAUGUAGCCUGGUACUGAAGUCAGGAUUGCGUGGGCCUUUCACAGCUCUAUGGAUGGAGAUGUAGAUAUUUCUAGGCACACCUCUACAGGAGUACUGCCAGACAUGUACACACUGGUUCCAGAAACAGGAAGUACCUCCACCUCCCCCAUCACAGGUGCAGCAUGUGUGCUUAAUUCACGUGUCAUGUUUAUUCUGUUAUCCUGGCCGCCAUUGCAGCCCAGCCUAGUUUGUUUCCCCAUGAAAGACCUUUAGGUGCACCCACUUAGGCCAUGCUUUCACGUGUCAUGUUUAUUCUGUUAUCCUGGCCGCCAUUGCAGCCCUGCCUAGUUUGUUUCCCCAUGAAAGACCUUUAGGUGCCGGCACCCACUCAGUCCAUGUCUGCACUAUACCUGAUAGCUUUUCGUGUCGACACGUAGUGCUAUCUGAUAUAGUAUGAGCAGCAAAGGCCCGGAUCAGGAACAAGUCCUUCACACACAUCGAAUAUCGUGCCGUAAUAUUUGGCCUAAAGGUUUUGGUGCACGUCCCAAUCCUUACAAGUCCGAAUACCUGUUCACUCUGAAUUUAAGUGUGGCACAAAUAGCCUCAGCCACAAAUAGCUCGGGGAAUUUUUGUUUUUUUGUUUUUGUUUUUUUUGCUUUUGUUUUUGAUUUUGGGAAGUCCUUCACACACAUCGAAUAUCGUGCCGUAGUGUUUGAACAAGAGUUUUAGUGCACGUCCCAGUCGUCACUCUUGAAUUCUUUACUUCCGUCUCAGUGGGUUCCAGUCCUUGCUCCUACUUAAUCACUUCCGCUAAGGUCCGAAUACCUGUUCAUUCUGCAUUAAAGUGUGGCACAAAUAACCUCAACCACAAGUUUCUCGGCAACUUUCUGACAACUUUUGCUGUUUAGAGAAGCCUUUGAUUUUGUAAAACAUCCUAAAAAAGAAAAUUUCAGUGUUUUGAUGUUAGAGAUAACAAAUAACAACGUGAGAAUUUAACCCUGUGCGGCACCCCCUUCUUUAAGUGGACUACUCGUGAUUUGAGUUCAAUGGUUUGGAAAUAGAACCACGCUUUUCAAAAUGGCGAGAAAUAUCUGACUUCUCCACCUUGAAUGAAAACGACCCUAGCACAACAGGAGAAUACUUGCACAAGUAAGUGGUCGUUGUUAUUCAAGGCGGAGAACUCAGAUGUUUGUCGCCAUUUUGAAAAGAGUGGUUCUAUUUCCAAACCAUUGAUCUCAAACCGCGGGUGGUCCAAAGAGAAAAAGCUUUCGGUCUGAGAGGGUUUUCGUCUCAGAAAGUUCAGUUGUAGAAGUAAAAAUGUCAUUUCAAACUUGCUGUAGAUUUAAACGUUAGCCGCCGUAGAUUUUUAAAGAAUUUUGGAGAAACUUUUAAGAAAAUUUGGAGCACCUUGUGGCUGAAGCUCCACUUAAUCGAAGGGGAUGCAUGCGCGCAGCUUCGCUCCGUUACAGAAAUCGCGUCGAAAUCACCGUUUGAUAUGUGAACAGAAAUCCUAUCCGGUAUGAUUAUUGUGCCGGCGCAAGAGCGGUCCGCCCUUGUAUGAAUAUGGCCUCAACCACAGCAACCAAACUGUUUUUAAAUCAUCACGACUUCGUGGCCGGAAUUCUUCUUCUUGUAACAGAAAGUGUUUAUUAUUAGUAUUUUUAGCAUUGUCAUUAUCAAUUAUCGUUCACUGUUUAAUUUUCUUUUUGUUAGACGCUCUUUUAAUUCCCAACGCCGUAGUCGUUAGUGGGAGCAUCACGAUUCUGAUUCACAGCCUACUGUAGAUAGUUCAUAAUCAGGACGGAAAUUCGUACAUUCGGUCGCGCAUGAUAAAUGACCAUUUACUGGUGUAGGGUUGAAAUAGUUAUUUAUCCUGGUCGAAAUUUUUUUCCGUCAUGAGCUGCGGCUACAAUUUAAAUUCAAAAGAUUUAUUUUUAACCCCAAAAUUCGGGCCCAUUUUGGCAGUUAAAUACUGACAAUAACUUUUUUGAGGACUUUUUUGGCUAUCUAGAACUCAGCGAAAAUUUGCUUUUUCUUCAGGAAUAACACCUACCACCAGUACCAUGAUGGUGCCCUCUUCCUCAAUUGGUUUAACGCCUCAAUCAACAGGUAAUGUAGACUAGCCAAUAAUCAUUUCUGUUAAUCUAAUUGUAAGAACAAGUUAUAGCUGACGAAGAUUUACCUUGUUCUUCCAAUAUUAUAAAAAGCGAAUUGUUGACAUUGUUAACUCGGCAUAUUGUCAGUGAACUUUAAAAAAAAUCAGUUUGUCUAUAGUCAGAGCCGCGGAAAAUGAAAAACUUAAAAUGAAUAUUAUAAUGAAAGAGUUACUCGUCUAAGCCUUAUCUAAUCAUGAUUACUUGUGUCAGUAAUUUAAUGUUUGAUAGUAACUACCUCGAAUAUUUUUUUAUCAUUUCCGAUAACCACCGUUCAAAGCACUGUUCCAUUGGAGUAGUAGGGCCAACCCCAAAUAAUUACACUGACCACUGAUUAUAAAUUUCAGUGAUCCAGUUUUAAAAUAACAAAUAUCAAGAGAGGAUGGAGACAUAUGUAUAAGGGAUGGACAAAGACUUGUUAUUGUGUAAGCCCUGCUUCAACACGACACUGCAUCUGAUCUGAAAAUCGACCAUAUGUUGCAAAGUUCUAAUACUCAAGAAUACCAAAACUGAGCUUAUACCAAACAAAAACUUGGAAAAUCUUCGAGAAUGUUGAGAACUGCAAAUACUAAAACUUUUUUUAAAAGAUAUGAAUUAAAAUAUUAUGACUCAAGCCCCGAGCUAACAAGGAAGAUUAUUAUUGAAAAAUGAUCUUGAUUUUUUACAUGUUCACUUACAUUCAGGAGAGAAUGAGCACAUUUUCUUUUGUUAUAUCUCAUUCCUAACCUAACUGUGUCAAUUACACAAUGCUUGAAUCUGAUUGGUUCUUAACAGCCUAUAUUCAUAGCUUCAUUUUACUCCAAAAAUUUCUGAUUUGGCCUGUCCGAUUACCAGGAGCUUGUGGGACAAGUCAAAUCGGACAGUCAUGAAAGAAACAAUGAAAAUCAAGUUAGUAGAAAAUACCACCAGGCAAUAAAAGUUAACUACAAAGCGCGUGAUAAGCAAUCAAAAUCAAUGAAAAAAUAGUGACCAGGUAAGCUGUCCAGUUGCUACUGGAAAAGAAUAAUGGAUGAAACUACUGGUCCAGUGACUUUUAUUUACUUUUAACAAUUAUUAUUUGAAAUCGAGGUGAAUAGUGGCUGAAUAAUUACAAGAUUGAGAUUCUCGUAUUUUUGUUAUUGAUUCGAUUAAUUUGUAAUAGGACUUCGUUUCGUACAUUCAGGGGUAAUCGGGUUCAUAAUUUCAAAUUCAAAAUUACUCGCUCGAUCACUCGCUGAAUUGUACUCCACUCAGUGCUGUUACCAUUACUUAAAGAUACAAUAUUCCUGAACGAAUUGAAAAUAAGGAGAGGGGAAAUUCGACGCACUCAGAGAAAAACCUCACGGAGAAAAGACUAGCUUGUAUACAGACGUCCGUCUGUACACAGGCUAAAAAAAGUCCAGAACCAACAAAAAAAAUUAACUCACACAUGGCGUAAGUGAAGGAAAGCACCAAGACCCAAAGGAAAACAAAACCAAAUGAUCCCCGAGAGACCAACAUAUGUUGGAGCCUGUGAGCAAGAUUUUGGAGCGGGGAUAUGGAUAAAGGGGCUACCCCCUCCACCCUCCCCCCCCCUCCCGCACCGCGGGCUCCAACGCAGGUUGCGCAUAUUGUGACCGGUGAGUGAGCCACAAUAGGACAAUUGCACGAUGACGUCAUUUUUACUACAACUACCACAAUCCUUGAGUUUGUUGUUUUCUUGUCCAAAUUAAGGCUAUUGUUCUUUUAUCCUCAGGGGAAUUGACAAAUUUAAAUAACAAAGCAAAAACGAAAUGAAUUCUGGUAGUUGUAGUCAAAUAUCGUCAUCGUGCAGUUGUCCUAUUACUGACUAUUAUUCCACACCGGAUACAUGCACAUACGAAUUUUGUUAGAUCAUGUUAUCUCUACACAACCAAUUUCAGUCAUGGUUUUAGCUGGGGAAGCCGGAGCUUAACAAUUAUAAACGUCUUAUAGGAUAAUUUGUACCUUAACGCAUUUAAGUAAACAGCAGUAUUAUUCUAAAUUUUUUAAUGAUAUGAAAAAAACAUUGGAGGGAAAAAACAAUGUACGUGCCCAUAAAUUGAAGAACACAAGACCUAUUGCUUUUAUUAAAGACCCUAAUGACAAUGAUUCUGUCACCAGUGACCCAAGUAAAAUAAGCAACGUUCUUAAUGACCAUUUCGCUUCUGUUGGACCUAAACUGGCAAAUAAGUUACAAACCGUUUAGCGCAAUUAUUUUGAUUUUAUGAACGGAUCUAACUCUCGUGACCCGUCGUUUGCUUUCAACCUACAAUACUCGUCACAAAUCGUUGAAACAGGAGCCAUUUGUCUUGAAUUUUCUCCAGAUUUCUUACAUUCACUCUUCACACCUUUGUUCUCACUCAAAUGUGCCCCUCUCCUUCCCCAAUGUUGAGCCGAGCGUAUUUUGGAGCACUGAAAUGACUGCAAACCCAAAUCAACAUUGGGGAGGGGAAAAUCACACAAGUGUUUCAAGAUUUGUGACGAGGAUUGUAGUUACCCCAAACUGUUAACUGUUGUCAUGUAUUAUUAGUAAUACCGUUAGUUUAUCAGUAGUCUCUAGUCAUUGUUGUCAAUUUUAGUUUUUUUGGUUCUCUUGUUACUUUUAGUUGUAUUUAGUUGUAUUUAUUUCCUGUAAACAUAACCCACCUAGAUUAUCUUAGCUACCCGCGGGCAUGUUAUAAUUGUACUUUUGCCUCAAAACACAAUAAAAAAUGCAUCUAUGUAUAAGAUAGUGUAAGUCACACGAAUAGUACAUUAUUUUAGCGUUUUGGUAAGAAACCGUUUUUAACAUGAUCUUUUUAAUCCUUAUCUCUUUGUUAAGCAGCCACGACCGUUAGUUUCGGUGAUAAAUUUAUGCUGACUUGGAUAUACAGCAACAACAAGUUGUUUUUCACAUUGAGAUGUAAAACCACUGGUUGGUGUGCAGUCGCCUUUACAACAGGGGAUGGUAGCGGCAUGAAGGAUUACGAUAUUGCCUUGGGCGGGGUCGCUUCCGACGGCAACUAUCUUGAUGUAAGUAAGAUGGAGUUUCAUUCUGUAUAAGGAACUACCCUACUUUUAAACAUUUGACGUCCUCCAGAUGGGCUAGUGCAUUGAAUAGCGUCUCCAAAUUUACAGUAAGACCCAAGGAAAUAUUAUCAUUACUAGUAGCUUAUACAACACUGAGAUCACUAUAUAAUUAUAUGCAUACAUACUACAUACAUACCUUAUUAAGGUGACUAACACUUAGAUAUAAAGCUAGUUUACAGGUCAGUCGAUACAUAGCAACGAUAUAAACUUUUAACAUACUCUUGAGUCAACAGGGAGGUAGAUAUCGUUCAUAUUUGUGCCUACCGCAGCUAUGUAGCGGUAGUUAAGUGCGUAAGUUAGUCCGCAACGGAUACUCAAUGUUCAUAACAACAAAAUCUGUUCUUAUAAAAGAUCUAGAAAACCUUUUAUGUCGUCAAAAAAAGAUUCUUUAACAAAACAAUUCAAAACGCAGUUUUUAAGACAAGAUCUCCAAAUAAGAAAAACCUGGUUAGAUUAGAAAAGCGAACGAUCCACUGAACGUGAAAAUGAGGACGUGAGUGAAUGGAUGUAAGGAGACUAAGGAGACUAUAGACAGUGUUCGUAUGUUGGCUGAAGGGAAAGACAUUAUCACCUUGAAAAUCGUGCGCAAAAGGCCAUUCAAGCAGUCUAGUGAGGCAACAGGUCUCAGAAAUUUCGCACACAGCACGAAGUUGUAAUUUAAGAUUUAACACCACAAAAACUGACGGUCUGUGUUAAAGAGGUAAAUAAGAGACUUUGUUUCUUUACCCGUAGGAUUACUGGAGCACCUCAACGACAAAACCAUCAAAGGAUAGUGCAAAUAACUUUUUUCUUAGAACGGCAACCGAGGCUGGUGGAUAUACAACGGUGGAGUUUGAGAGAGAUCCAGAGACAAGCGACACUGAUAACGAUGUUCAGUUUAAGGUAAGUUCUGCCUUUAUUAAAUUCCAUCUCCGGGUGGGAUCGUGGACCCCACUCCCAUACGCCCCACCCGGAGAUGGAAAGGGGGGAGGAGUUCGAGUACAAAAGCGAGCCAUCCCUGCGAGGAGGAGGGUGGUGCGACAACCUGUUGUCAGGUGUUCGUGUCAACGAAAAGAGGAAAAAACAGGACAAAAAGUCCUUUUACACUAAAUUCGUAAAAAUUGUGUACAGCCGGUUUCCUUGUGGAUCCACAGAUGCUCGGAAUUAAAUACAUAGGUCCAAAAGGCAAAGGGGCGUUGUUUGUGACGGCCCCGAGUGAGAAUAGGCAUCCAAGUUUAAUUUAGUCCUCGCCUAUAUGGAGAAAAGACUUCCCUGGACAGAGGGUCACCUUCCCAGCCGAGUCAUCUUUAGCGCGGAGCGUUUAUGUUAACAAACCAAGAGCUGACAACAGCGCAAGUGCAUGCUCGCCUUGACUGAGUUGGCCCGGCUUGACGGGCCAACUUGAAUAUAUGGAGAAAAGUUGACCUGACCAAAGAAAUGUGUAACCUGGAUAGGCCCAUCCUACAAGCCGACCCAACUCUUUGAUUCUCGAUAACAGUUCACCAAGUUUUUUAAGGUCUAGGAAAAUUUGGCUAACCCAGGAUACUAGCUCGAGUAGGCUAGUGACCCUUCUAUCUCGGACAAGUCUUCUCCAUACAUACAUAUAUACAUGUUUUAUUUGGAGUCUUAGCCGGGGGGGUGGGUAUGUGCCGCUGGCCUUUCAGUCCUCUCAUAGCCCCCACCCCAUUAUAGUCUAAGCUGUGACCAAUUAUAGACCCCAUCUUAGUCACUUUUAGGCAAAUAUGUAAUUUUCGCGAUCCUAACUUAGUCACUUUCUAUUUUUAUGAAUUGACCCAUUUUUUAAACUGAAUGGAGAACACUUUACUUUUCACCUACAGUACAAACAUUCUGGUACGUUUGCUAACUGUAAAUAUGAAGAACUGUCUUACGCCAAAAAAAAUCCGAAAAUGUGUGAUCCCAUUCUAGCAACUCUAUUGAAAAUGAGACCCCAUCCAGCGGCACAUCCCCAUUAGCCUCUAAUAAGGGGGAACCCUCCCCCGCGGGGGCCUUAGGAAACUUGCUGCUGUUUCAGAAGGUUGAAAAUAGCAUGAAAUUCUUUACAUAUUUUAUUAUGUAGCCUGGUACUGAAGUCAUGAUUGCGUGGGCCAUGCACAACUCUUUGGAUGGAAAUGCAGAUAUUACUCAGCACACCGACAGAGAAUUUCUACCAACCAAGUACAUACUGGUCCCAGGUGCAGCAAAUAUGCUGGAGUCACGUGUCAUGCUUUCUGCGAUCCUGGCCGCCAUUGUUGUCUAUUUAGUGUCCUAA